AUGAUAUUUGUGUUUCUCGUUGACACGAGCGUGUCCAUGGAGCACAGGUUUGGCGGGCCGCUAGGUUGCUCCAAACGGCCCGACGCAGGCUCCACAGACAGCUUGUUUGGCGAGACCUCCGACCGGUUCAGCCGGCGGUGGCAGCGCAAGGGCACGCGGGGGACUGACACGACCGGGAAGAUCACCCGGCUGGACUGCGCCAAGAGCAUUGUGGAGCAGAUCGUACACAGUCGCGAGAACUACGAGCACGACCGGUACAUGCUAGUGUCAUAUCACAGCGCCACAGCCACCAGCUGCAUCCGGUCAUCCCUGAAGGACUCGCGGGCAACACUGCUGCGCGAGCUGAAAAAGCUACGGGCCGACGACAAGUUUGCUGGCGGCAGUUCGCUGACAGCACUGUUCAACCAGCUGGCGCUGAUGCGCGGGGCAUACGACCUGGACACGUACGGGUAUGGGCGGUAUCCACAGCUCAACGAGCCAGUGCACAUCAUGUGGUUGACAGACGGUGCCAGCGUAGUUGGCAACACGGGCAUGACGACCAAGCUCAACCUGCCUGUCAACAAUACGCCGUGGGUGGAGUCGUACAUUGAGCCGUUCCGGUGGGACCAGCGCAUGACCCUGGUUCUGCUCCACGAGCCGAGCGACGCAUGCAUGAGCAAGAAAUACAGCAGCGAGCCGAUGCUCAUGCCCAUGUGCACCGUCAUGGGCGGCUCGGUCCACCACCUCAACAGCAUGCAUUUGGCGAUGCGGUUCGUCGAGGGAAUCACCAAGGCGCGUGUGGGCAACAGCAAACGGCCGUUUGCAUCGGCAAUGCCACCACCGGGCGUGCUGGUCAGCUUUGAGCGGAUCGACGACAACCCUGCGAACCCAGGCAACUCCGACACACGAGUGCUGCUCCAUGCAGCUCCAGGCGUGCCAGGCGGGCAAGGGCGGCAAGCCAAUGGACCAAGCUACGGCACCAGCGCCGGAGUCUCGGCGUUGAUCAAUGGGCAGAGCGGGUACUUUCCGAUCCCAGAGCCGUUCUGGCCCGAGGCGAUCCAGGCGCCGCGCGCACCAGGCAGCGCACCACCAAACCCACAGCAAGCCAACCUACCGCCACCCGGCCCUAGCGGCUGGCAGAUCCCGCGACGCGCAGCGCACCCUAUCCUGAGCUACAGCCAGAACAACUCUGAGUGGUCGGUACCAGCAAACUUCCCCUUCGACAAAUACCAGAUCGACGGGAACACAAACGUGGCCAAGAAGCUGCUGGCAGCAGCGCAUGCAGCACAGGCAGCGCACGAAGCGCAGGGUGGCAAGGGCCCGUCCAAGCCCGUGUGCUGGCACGUAUUCAUCAACGGCUCAUACACGAAUCCCAAGUACGCCGGAUUUCCCUUCGGCAUCCUGAGAGCCAAUUCUGCACGUACAGCAGUCAAUCUGUUUGUGUUCCCGUACAAUUUCACGGCGCUGUGGAAGAUCCUGGCUAAGCUGGAUGCCCAGAUGCAGGCGCAGCGAGUGACGCGUGCGGAGGCAGCCAGCUCGUCGCAGUGGAAGGCCGAACUGGACGAGUAUCUGCAGCAUACGCCCGGAUACUAUGCAAUCCCCCUGAAGCGAGCAUUCAACCUGUAUGGAAUCCCUCACCACGUGUUCCCCAGGAACUUUGGCCAGAGCAACGGAAUGCGCAACAUCAUGCACUACUCGAUCAAGCUGCACACCGUUGCUCGUCGCGAGUGGGACCGCUUGCCGGUAGCCGGUACCACAGACCCAGCCAGCAAGCCGCCCAUGGAGGUAGCUGAGGGCCUGCAAUCGGCGCUGCUUGACUUUGAUCCGGCCGCAGAUGUCAGCCAUCUGGUGACAAACGCGUUUGAUGUCGACCGCAGCCACUGCCUGGCUACGCUGAGCGCCAUGCGUCGCGUGUUUGUGCGCGAAUGCAUGGCAUCGCAUCGAGCGUACUCUCGGCCCAACGCCAUGGUGCCGCCAUCCCUAAUCAGCGAGUGGAAACCCCUUGAUUCGGCUGGCAGCACUAUGGAUGUCGACGACAGCGACCAGGCAGAGGCUCCUGCCAGUCCACAGUACACGCCGCCUGUGGCCAGCAUGGAGUACUCGUUCUACGGCUUUGGCGGGCCCGACAGCUCAUCCGGGUUUGGAUCCGCCAACCAAGGCGGCCGAUCGCCGCAUCUGGGCGGAAUGGCACCCAGGGCCAAAGUCUCCGAGCAGGAUCUCCGCAACAUGGAUCCAGGAACGCAGCUCUCGCCCAUGGGUGGGAUCGUGGAUGUGGCCAGCGAGGACGACCGCGACUCGCGCCACUCGGUGUCAAUUCGCGAUAUGAGCGAGUACGCUGUAGCUAUGAACCGUCAGAAAUCUGCUGAGCUGCGCGAUCCGCUGCUGGAUGGCCGUGUGGCCGCGCAGCGCAGCAAGACCAUGUUCGGCAACCCCUACGAGCGCACGUUGCGCGAGCCCCGUAGUCCCGCCAACAAUGUGCUUGCUGGCAAUCCGAUGCUGGGAGCCAAGCUCGGCCUCUCGCGCGGCUCGUCCACGCGCAGCUCUGCCAGCAACAUCAACACUGGCCCGCCGAGAUCUGAAUCAGAGGACGAGGCGGCCAUUGGCUUGGAAAUGGAGAGCGAGGCCGAGCUCAACGAGAUGGCUGUCGACAAAAUGCUCGAAGAUAUGCCCAUGGGCCGAGGCAGCAGCGAGAAUGCCGCCCAGGGCAGCGGAAGGUUCGGCUGGAUGCAGCGCAAGGCUGUGCCGCGCCGCCGCUCGAUCAGCACCGCCUGGCGCAAAAACGACAACUCGUGGAAUGUCAAUCCGUGGGCUAUGCUUGAAGGCAAGCUUGAUCCGGGCGCAUUGACCUUCACAUCCGACGCUGUUGUCAUCAACCGCCACACCGCGCAGAUCCUGAACCCGGCCAGUCCCUCGUCUGCCGAGCCGAUUCCCAUCUCCCGCACAAGCACUGCCGCCUCGAUUACGCCUUCGAUUACGCCUUCGAUCACGCCUGAGCCGCCGGCUGAGCGCGUUGUGGAGGCCGCUAUUACCAGCAGUAGUGCCGAUGCGACAAUGACCAAUGCGGAGCAACCACCCACGUCGUCGCCAUCAAACACGGUUUCACCUCCAAAGCUCCCCGAACAGCCCGGCCCGCCAAAGCCCCUGACAGUAGCAAAGAAGGUCAGCGUGGCUGACGAGAAGACCUGGUUCCAGAAGCGCAUCAAGGCCGACCCGGCGCACUACGACGAGGCUGCCAUUCUCCAGCAUCUGGCGGAGCUGCGCGAGUCGAAUUCGCUGAGCCAGGCUCACCUCAAGAUCAUCAUCAACCACGCUGUCAUUGCCGCAAAGGCCAUGCGCCGGAAGCAGCUCGUCGAGCAGCUCACCAAGGCAACCAGGUGA